AUGGGCUGCGGCAGCUCCAGAAUCACGGUGGUCGAACCCGUGAAGAAUAGUGAUCUGGACAAAGAUGAGCAGAACACAUUGCAUAUAGAAGCAGCUGGGGGUGGGACCCGCGGUGACUCCGCGGUGUCUAAGCAUACCACAGACAGCGGCGUUGGACUGGAUGCCGGAGAGGGCACUGCGUUACCUGGCGCUGUCCCAAGACUACUCCCGCCUCUUCGAGCAGCCCAGAGUCCCAGACUGAACCAGGAAAGUGUGGAAAGACCAAAAUCCAGUGAAAUUAUGGAGCAGCUUCUAAGCCAGGGCAUCAUUCCAGCCCAGUCUAAAACAGGAGGCAGUGGGGAAGCCUACAACAUUAUGAUAGAUGAUGCAGAGAGGCGUAAGAGAAGGCCCCCAGCGCGGCUGGAAUCGCUGAAGAUUCAGAGAGAGCAAGAGGUCACAAGAAAAGAGGACAUUGAUGAAAAGAUGCGACAGGUGGAGGAGAGGCGAAAGGUGAGAGAGGAGGAGCUGAAAACCAGACUGAGGGCCAAAUCUGCCCGGCCCCGUGCGGUGCCUCCAGCUGUAAACCAGGAGGACGACGGGGUGGAGACGCUUCAGGCCCCUGCUCCUGCACCUCCGCCGGUUCCAACGAGAACCCAGGACCCGCAGACACGGGCCAGUGGAGCCUGGGCUGACAGUGCUGAAGACGCUGAAGAUUCCCAGUCUUUGGAGCUGGAGAAGGACUUUACCUUUCAACAGAACGACAACAUUGAAGAACUGUUUUAG